CAAGUAAGUUCGUUUCGUGUGCAAGAGAAAGCAAAUUAAGGAAACUAACGGUCUUAUUUUUGGUCGGCGAUCUUCCUGUUGAAAAGAAGAAGUAGAAGAUGGCUUCCCAACAGAUGUUCAAGUCCGGGCAAGCCCGCGGUGAGGGCCAGGCCAAGGCCGAUCAGAUGAUGGAUUCGGCACGCAGCGCUGCGGAUGCCGCCGGGGCCAAGGCAUCACAAGCUGCGCAAUCCGCCCAGCAAACCAAGGAACAUGCCGGAGGAAUGGUCCAACAGACUGGGGAGCAGGUGAUGAACAUGGCGCAUAAUGCAAUGAACACGGUGAAGAACACCCUCGGCAUGGGAGACUCCAACAAGAAGUGUUGAAGGAAGGAAGCAAUGGAAGCGUUCAAGCCCCUCUCUUUGCUCCUUCCUCUUUGUUUUUAGGAUUUAGAGUGUAGAGCAACUAGAAGCGACUGUGACCUGACCUGAUAAACGGUCCCCUCUCUCUACUGCUGGUUUUUUCUUUAUUAUAUCCAUUUGUAGGUGGGUCUUUGUCCAAGGGGAUUGGAGAGCGUGCUUGGUAGUGAGUGUUUGUUAUGUUGCAUUCCAUUGUUUUCGUCUCUCUCAUUUGGGAGAUUAUUUUGCGAGAUGUAAUAAAGCAACUGCAUUAUGAGACGGCAAAGUUUACUAAUCAA